ACUCGGUAAUCCUUUAAAUCGAUUAAACUAAUUUCAGUUAUAAUAGAUAAUAAUAUAUUAUUUUAGUUUGAUUGAAAAUGCCAAUUGAAAAAGUUCAUGCCCGUUAUGUCUACGAUUCUCGUGGUAAUCCAACUGUAGAAGUUGAUUUAACCACUGAAGAUGGUUUAUUCAGAAGUAUUGUUCCAUCGGGGGCUUCCACUGGUGCUUCAGAAGCAAUUGAAUUGAGAGAUGGGGAUAAAUCAAAAUGGUUAGGUAAAGGGGUCACUAAGGCCGUUGCUAACGUUAAUGAUAUUAUUGCCCCUGCAUUAAUCAAAUCAGGUAUUGAUGUAACUGAUCAAGGAAAAAUUGAUCAAUUCUUAUUAGAUUUAGAUGGUACUCCAAAUAAACAAAAAUUGGGGGCUAAUGCUCUUUUAGGGGUUUCUUUAGCUGCUGCUAAAGCCGGUGCUGCUGCCAAAAAGGUUCCAUUAUAUAAAUAUAUUGCUUCUAUUUCUGGUUCUAAGCAAGAACCUUAUGUUUUGCCAGUUCCUUUCCAAAAUGUCUUGAAUGGUGGAUCUCAUGCUGGUGGUUCUUUGGCUUUCCAAGAAUUCAUGAUUGUUCCAACUGGAUUCGAUAGCUUUUCCGAAGCUUUAAGAGUUGGUUCUGAAGUUUACCAUGCUUUGAAAGGUUUGGCUAAAAAAAAAUAUGGUCAAUCUGCCGGUAAUGUUGGUGACGAAGGUGGGGUUGCUCCAAAUAUUGAAACUGCAGAAGAAGCUCUUGAUUUGAUUGUUGAUGCAAUUGAUCAAGCUGGCUAUAAAGGUUCCGUUAGUAUUGCUCUUGAUGUUGCAUCUUCAGAAUUUUACAAAGAUGGUAAAUAUGAUUUAGACUUUAAAAAUCCAAAUUCUGAUAAAUCUAAAUGGUUAACUGGUGAACAAUUGGCUACUGAAUAUGAACUGUUGAUUGAAAAAUACCCAAUUGUUUCUAUCGAAGAUCCUUUUGCUGAAGAUGACUGGGAUGCUUGGGUUAAAUUAUAUCCAAAAUUAUCUAAUAAAAUUCAAAUUGUUGGUGAUGAUUUAACUGUCACCAAUCCAAUUUUCAUCAAAAAGGCUAUCGAAAAGAAGGCUGCUAAUGCCUUGUUAUUAAAAGUUAACCAAAUUGGUACUUUAACCGAAUCAAUCAAUGCUGCCAAACUUUCUUUCAGCGAUGAUUGGGGGGUUAUGGUUUCUCACAGAUCUGGGGAAACCGAAGAUACCUUCAUUGCCGAUUUGGUUGUUGGUUUAAGAACUGGUCAAAUCAAAACCGGUGCUCCUGCUAGAUCUGAAAGAUUGGCUAAAUUGAAUCAAAUCUUGAGAAUUGAAGAAGAAUUAGGUGGUCCAGGUAAAUAUAUUUACGCUGGUUCAAAAUUCCAUACUGCUCAACUUUUGUAAUCGUUAUAUAUAUUACGUGAAUGAUCAAAUAAAAUUUUUAUACAUUUUUAUUAUAAAAGGGUA